GGGGGGUAAUUUGAACCAAAGUGCGUAGUUUGGAGGGUAAUAAAAUGAACCAAACAAUAGUUUAGGGAGUUAUCCAAACUUUGGCCAUAGUUUAGGGGAGUAAUUUAGAUUUUUUUUCCUUCUAUCUAAUUAUACUAUAUGUAUCACAAUACUGAGCAGGUCCCUGGUUGGUCGUGUUCAGCAGAUGUAUCGAGUUCACGACAUAUUUAUGCUGGCUUGCUGAAUGGCAUGGUUUUGGUUUUUGAUAUCCGUCGAACUGAGAGACCCUUGUAUUCCAUGAUGGGGCUAUCUGCACAACCGAUUCAUACACUCCACUCUGUAAUUGAUAAUAAUGGGUGCGGGAAGAUUCUUUCAGCUUCUGCUGUAGGUCCCUGCAUGUGGGAUACUGAUGGCAAUCAAAGCAGGCCGCAUUUGCUAACUGGGGUGGACAAUCAGCGUGUAUGCAUUUCCCUUGCAUGUGCCCCUCCAUCAACCGAUCUUUUGGUGGCUUCCUUCCGGCCCAAAGUUGGCGUAUCAGAUGAUGCCAACACAUCUCAAGUCUACCUAUCGCAGACACCAUCAUGCCCUGUUGGUUCAGGCAAAUUAGGCCACCACUCCUUUAUCAGGAGAAGUAACGGAUCCUUCUCUGAAGGCACAACAUGCUUCGGCAACGUAAGCGAGGUACGCAUGUCAAAAUCAGCAAUCAUACCUUAUGGAGACAAUCAACAUCUCUUCGCCUAUGGGGACGAGUCGCUGCGCGGGGUCCGGACGUGGCAACUGCCUUCGUUUGCUAUUCAUGCUGAUGUUUGCUCCCACCGGCAGCCGAUCCUUGAUUUAAGGUAUGCAGAAAGUCCAGGUGGAGGGAGGUACCUUGGGUGCUUAAGCGAGGAGAAGUUGCUGGUCUUCAGAAUUAGUUAGCAUGCCGGGGGGCAUAUGUAUAUAUAUAGCCCUUGACUAGCCUUAUUAGCUUUUGGUAGCUCGGCUAACAUAGGACUUUUUGCUGUGUACAGUGGUGGCACUGAAAGGAUGAAUGGUUAGUUGUGCAGCUUAAAUGUGUUGUUUUAUUACGCUUGUAUAUCUAUCGUUGCAGCAGCGGCAGUUUAUUUCUUCUUGGGUUGGUCAGUCCAUAGCUGAUGCUUAACGGUGUUCAGUUGUGAUCCCCGAAUUUCCUUGGUUGAGGAAAUGGAACAUUCAGAUUUCCUGGUGCGAUAGGCCUUUUGUGUCCUGGCGCCACUACAGGGCUGGGCAUGUUGAAUUUGGAUUCUGCUUCGUUGAGGUAAUUUGCAAAGUGUCCAAUGGCAACAAUCACAAAGGAAUUGAUGCGUCAGCAAUUUUCAGUUUUCUGGUUUGCAUGGAGCAAGUCCGACACGAACCAAGAGCCAGAGCGAGUCAGCAAGCCGAGGCCUGUCGUGAUUAAUUACUAGCAGCUACUGACGAUUAUUACUCGUGGUGUUAAUAUAAGUUCACUGAUACAUACUAGCAUAGGUCUGUCGUUGUAACCAAAAGAUGAAGCAGAUGUACGUUGCCUACUUGAUUUAAUGCUGUACUGUACAUCGGUGUAUAUGUGUGGACUACUCGAACAAUUACGUACUUGUAAGGACCAUCUCAUUAA